AUGAUCACUGCCAGGACAACAUUCUGCUUGGCUUUACCACCUGUCAACUAUUCAGAAAAACCAACAAGCUACUCUACAAUUCAUAUAAAUUUUUUUUGUCCCCUUCUAGGAAAGAACAUCAGAGUCAUUGAUCCAUUCACCAUCAAGCCUCUUGAUGCCGCUACUAUUCUUGCCAGUGCCAGAGCCACAUCUGGACAAAUCAUCACAGUGGAGGAUCACUACAAAGAGGGUGGCCUUGGCGAAGCAGUGCUGUCAGCAGUGGGCGCAGAGCCUGGAAUUGUUGUGAACCGACUGGCAGUGUCUGGUGUGCCCCGCAGUGGAAAGCCAAACGAGUUGCUCGACGUGUUCGGCAUUAGCGCCAAGCACAUCGCUAACGCCGUGCGCCAGGUCUUUGCUAACUAGUGCACUGAUUCUGCCCUCCUGCUCCGUAGAUGCCAUCUCCAGUUUUCAUCUACUAAUCUGGUAAACAGUCUCUACCUUCUGAUAACCUAAGCACUUAAUACAUCACUAUUGUCUUAAUGUCUUUUUGAGACUGUCUGGAGGAUUCCUUAGUCCUGAGACCAAAAGCUCACCAAUAGUCUUUCAGGUCACUAUUGACCAUUUCUUUUUCACAUUCCUGAUAUUCCGUCCUCAUACUGCCACACUGUUGCGGUGAACAUUUUCUUUUCUUUUGAAGAGUCACUGUCAUGUUUUUGACGAAAUGUUAAAAUAACUGUAAAACGUGGUACUUGCCUCUUACCAUUUCCGCUCAUAUGGGCAUAGCUUGACUUGUUGAUCUUUCUCACUUCCUGUAACUGCGGUGAUGUGCUAAAAUAAAAAUGGAAUGCACAACCCUA